AUGUCGUGGUUCAAUCACGUCAGUCCAGACUUGAACCAGCAGCAGCGACCGCAGCCCGCUGACAGCGACAGGCUCGCAGCCACGGACGUGCCCGGCUUCAGGCUCAGGGCUCCCGCACAGGGGUCCCCGACCAUGGCGACACAGCACUGGACCGGGUGCUCCACCCCAGCGCGGAGGACUUUCCAUCGGCUCCGCGGGGUGAGCAGCCCCAGCCUCGGGAACCUGUCCUGCGCCUCUCCGGGUGCGGGCAGGCUCCGGGAGCCGGAGCCCAUCUCCUACGUGAGCCUCCAGGAGCAGUGGUGCGUCCUGAGCUGGUUCCAGGGCUGGACCGCCGCUCAGCGGGACCGGUUCCUCCAGGACCUGCUGGGGAAAGCUGUGCCAGGCAAAGUGUGCACCCUCCUGGAUUCACUCGGCACUCUUCAGGUUAAAGACAGACUACCAAACAUCUAUGAAUGCCAGCUGCGCCUGUGGACCCAGUGGUUUGAGUCCUGGGGAGAGGAGGAGAGGAAUCAUUUCCUGCACAUACUGGAGGAGCAGGACCCAGUUUUUGUGGGCCACUUUUACAGGAUGGUAGCCGGGACAGCGGGAAGAGACUGACUGACGUUCACGUUGUGAUUGGGAGAAGCAAGUGAUGACCACGAGAUGUGUUCAGGAGGGGACAUGUGCUUGUGAAUGUGUGUUGAAACGGAGGAAGGUCUCUUCAGAGAAGUGUUUGUGUCGCCGUCCGUGGGAUUUAUUGUUACAGAUAAAAACCUUUUCAUUAUCAGAGCGCUCAUGCUCAUUCAGUAUACGCUGUUUUUAUUCCGUUUCAUACACCGGGGGUCUCCAGGGCUGCGUCGCGCACCACUCUUCAGUUCAGAACUUUUUUUUGCCGAAUGCUUCCAUCACGGGCGAAGCUCCACCAUGUCGUGACCCAAUGGAGUGAACUUUAAAUGAACAGGUUUAACAUCUAAAGAGGGUUACUUUCUUUCUGUUCUGGACCUGGUGUUUAAAACACCAGGAAUGACAUGGACCAGAGGACACAUUCUCUUAUAAUAAACACAAUACAUCAUUGUAACAUUUGUUUUUUAAACAUUCAGCAGUAGCAACAACCACAACUGUUUGAGAACUACUCAGGGGAUUGUUUUAUGACCUAUUGAGAUACGCGGCUACGGUUUGCCUUGUUUUUUAUUCUAUCCAAUCGAACGAUCCGGGAGGAAGGGACACUUGGUUUCGGAUUUUCACCAUCCACAACACACAUGUUAAUAAAAGGAUAUAUUUUGUCAGUAAAGAGUA